AUGGCCACCAUCUAUAUCGACGAGGAUGUCGGCCGGGACGAGUCGACCGCGACCGGCACCGAAUCCGCUCCUUACAAGACUCUUGUCCACGCUUUCACACAGCACCCUCCCUCCGAAGGAAACCAAUACCUGACCCGCAAGUCCCAGACCGAGCCCGCCGAGGAGGGUGCCGACAAGCUCGAGUGGAAGCCCGCCACCAAGUCGGCCGUCAAGAAGGCCACCAACCUUUACGAGCAGCGCAAGAGAAAGGCCGCCAAGGAACAAGAGCUGGCAAUCCGCGAGAAGCAAGAGGCUGAGAAGCGCCAGGUCAUCCUGGAGGAAGCCAAGAAGGUCGUCAUCAAGGAAGAUACCUCCCUUCCCAAGCCCGUCAAGAUCCGCCUCGAUGAAACCGACCCCGCCGUCGUCAAGUUGGGAUCUCCCGAAUCCGAGGGCCCUGGUACUCGUGUCCGCGUUGUUGGACGUGUCCACCGCUUCCGCCCCCAGAAGGACGUUAUCUUCCUUACCCUGACCGAUGGUUCCGGCUACCUUCAGUGUGUUCUGACCGGUCAGCUCGUCAAGACGUACGACGCCAUGACUCUCACUCUCGAAACCUCCAUUGCCAUCCACGGUGAGAUGCGUGCUGUGCCCCCGAAGCAACACGCUCCCGACAACCGCGAGCUCCACGCGGACUUCUUCACCAUCAUCGGCCGUGCUGCUGGUGACAAGGAUGCCAUCUCCAACCGUGUCGCCCCUGACGCCGAUCCCCAGACCCUCUACGACAACCGUCAUCUGGUUCUCCGCGGUGAGACCAUUUCCUCGGUGAUGAAGGUGCGCGCUGCCACCCUGCGGGCUUUCCGCCAGACCUACGAAGAGAAGCGCAUGCUGGAGGUCACUCCUCCCGCCAUGGUGCAGACCCAGGUGGAGGGUGGAAGCACUCUUUUCAAGUUCGACUACUACGGGGAAGACGCCUACCUGACCCAGUCGUCCCAACUCUACCUGGAGACCUGUCUCCCCUCGCUCGGCGAUGUCUUCUGUGUUUGCCCCUCUUUCCGCGCUGAGAAGUCCCUCACUCGUCGUCACUUGUCCGAGUACACUCACAUUGAGGCGGAGCUGGACUUCAUCACCUUCACCGAUCUCCUGGAUCAUCUGGAGCACAUGAUUUGCCGUGUCAUCGAGAUCUUGCUAGCCGAUCCUGCCACCAAGACACUCAUCGAGAAGCUCAACCCCGACUUCAAGCCCCCCAGCCGUCCUUUCAAGCGCAUGCGCUACUCCGAUGCUAUUGAGUGGCUCCGUGAGCACGACAUCCCCAACGAGGAGGGCAAGCCCCACGAGUUCGGCGAUGAUAUCGCUGAGGCCGCCGAGCGCAAAAUGACCGACAUCAUCAACCAGCCCAUCUUCCUGACCCACUUCCCCGCCGAGAUCAAGGCCUUCUACAUGAAGAAGGACGAGCAGGAUCGCCGAGUCACCGAGAGUGUCGAUGUCCUGAUGCCCGGUGUCGGUGAGAUCGUUGGUGGUAGUAUGAGAAUGGACGACUAUGAUGAGCUGAUGGCCGCCUACAAGCACGAGGGCAUGGACCCCUCUCCCUACUACUGGUACACUGAUCAGCGCAAGUACGGAACCUCCCCCCACGGUGGUUACGGUUUCGGUCUCGAGCGUUUCUUGGCCUGGUUGUGUGCCCGCUACACCGUCAGGGACUGCUCCUUGUAUCCCCGCUUCACCGGCCGCUGCACGCCUUAA